GUACUGGGGGUGGGGGUGUUGGACGUUGUCGAUCAGCCACGUAAAAGUGCUCGAUACUCGAUAGUCAUCAAAAAUUCACGUCGAUAUAAGUGCUUUAGGUGUUGAUGAAGAACAGGGGACCGGCUGACGUGACGGACAGGAAAAGUUCGCUUAUCCUGGACGGGUGUCAAUGGUGUAAAUUGAAAAGAUGAAGCCUGAAUGCACGAAUGUACUCACGCGCACCUUCGUAGCUUUGAUGUCCUUGUACAGAGUAAUGUCAGCUUCUAUUUAGAGUCAGGCAAUAACUGGUGAACCAACAUAACACCAAGGCAAAGGAUGUCAGCAGGAGAGACAAACUCACUUAUUCAAGAAGCCUUCAACGACGGAAUCAUCCUAUACAGCAAACAAACACUGAACUAUGAAUGUGUUUUGUGCAAGAAAUCGAUGACAGGGGACGCUCCACUUGCCCAACACUUGGAGUCCAAGAAGCAUGAAGAGGCCGCCUUCAGGUACGCCGUUAGUCAUGUAAGCAGUUGUCCCGAGUCGCUCAAGAAGUUUUUCACUCCUGAGAUCAAGAGAGCAGUUGAAGAGGGGAUCAUAGAAGUGUCACAGUCGCCAGGAGGCGUUUAUGGCAUCUACUGUAAAACAUGCAACAAGGACGUGAAUGGAUACGCCCCUCUCACUCAACACCUAAUGGGAGCUGAUCACAGAAAGCAACUCCAAGGAGUUCAAGUGAGGAUACCCUCCUUUGUAACCGGCGCAAGCAACAACAGGUUGGAGGAAGCUAGAUCCGUGACGAGUCCUUUACUAGCUCCUGGGUCUGAAGGCUUUGUUAAAUUCCCACCCCGAUUAACCUCAACAUGCACCAGUGCAAUAUCUAGUACCCAAACGACCCCGAUUCCAACCCUUACAUUUAGAAAUGACCAGAGGCAUGUACCAAACGGAGCCUCACUACUAGAACCAUCUUACCCCAGGCUUCCAGAGCCAGUAGGAUUGUACAGAAGCCAGCCCUCUCAUAGAGAGACAAGCCCCACCAGGUUUCCAACUCCCCGAUCUCCACUUCAGUCAGUAAGUCUCUCCAUGUCUGCGAUAAACAGCUUCCCCAAGAGAUCCGAAAGCAGAGAAGUGACCCCGUCAUCACCUUUGCCAAGACAUUCAUUGCCUCUGAUUAACCCUGGAGCUCUUCAUCUGGAUCCGCAGAACAGCAUUGUUCUUCAAGCAAUUAAUGACGACGUCUUGGUCUUCAACUCUGAAACCUUGAAGUACACGUGCAGAGUGUGCGGCAUAUUUUUCCCCACGCAGCAGCAGACAGAAGACCACCUGAAGCACAAAAUCCACAGAGAAGCGAGUGCCAGGAUUGUCGUGAACCAGCAGGGCCACGGCCCUCCAUCUCUGCUGGAGCUCCUGCCUCAGAAUAUCAUAGAAGCUGCAGCUGCCUCCACCAUUACUGUCACUGAAGGCAACACCUUCAAGUGUGUCGUCUGUGGCACCUCCAGCACAGGAGUUAUUCCUCUUAAGCAACAUUUGGAAAGCAGGGAGCAUCUCAAGAAAAAGGGUAUCAGUUCAGGGCAGCCUGCUCUUCCUCACCUGAGCAAUGCCUACGCUCGAAGUGGUACAGAAAGCUCUUCACUCCGGGAGCCACCUGGAAAUUCGCACACUGCAGAUGAUGUCAAUGUUAACGCGCUGGCGGUCGCCUUCGAAAGAGGUCUCGUUUUCUGCCUGGAUAACAACUCGUCUGUUUUCAAAUGCGAAACUUGCGGUGUGACUCUAAAUAGCCUGAGAAACCUGGAUCAACACCUGAAUGGCGCCAAACACAAGAAACAGUUUCAGAAAAACAGCCUCACCCCUGGUGGUCAACCUUGCCUUACUAGUCCUCAGAGCUCGGAGGAUCCAAAUACACCUAGAGGGUUUCAGAAAAACAGCCUCACCCCUGGUGGUCAACCUUGCCUUACUAGUCCUCAAAGCUCGGAGUAUCCAAAUACACCUAGAGGGUUUCAGAAAAACAGCCUCACCCCCGGUGGUCAACCUUGCCUUACUAGUCCUCAGAGCUCGGAGGAUCCAAAUACACCCAGAGGAUGCAAUGUACAAAGACAGCCGUAUGAGGUGAAUACAGAACCCAGAGGUCUUGUUUACAUCUUCAACUACAAGUUCACCGGAAGGAAGACUAACCCCAAGGAGAGGAAAGGUGCAGAGCAAGAUACAGUUAACCUGAUGAAAACCUUCACGGACAUGGGAUAUAAGGUCAUUCCCAUGGAGAACAUGACUGCCACGGAAACGAGGGACUCCAUGGAAGAGAUCCGGCAGAGCAGAGACCUGGAGAGAGUGGCUGCCUUAAUCUUCUUCUUCUUGAGCCAUGGAAAUGAGCCUUACAAAUUCUACGGCGAAGACGGGGAAAUGCUAGACUUGCAACAGGACGUCUGGAACAAACUGACGAACACUUCGUGUCCAUCCAUGAAAAACAAACCCAAGAUAAUCUUUGCAAACUUUUGUCGUGGCUUCGAUACAGAGAUGAAUGAAUAUGAUGCCGUGGUGAGGGAUGUUCCUAGGGACCUGGUUACUAUUCACGCUGCCACAGAAGGAAUAACUGCCCGUCGGAAUCCUCAACUUGGAACGCACUUCGUGCAGUCGCUUUGUGACGCUUUGAGGUGGUGUGCUCACGAUUCUGAUCUUAGGGGAAUCUAUGAAGUGCUCGAUACCAUUUCUAAAUCUCGUGGUGGCACGCAGCCGAAGUGGGAGGAUUCUAGAUUUAAAACUUUCUAUUUUAAUCCGGUAUGGUAACACUGCUUCAGGAGAGAAAGAAAAUACAAACAGCGGGAAGUGCCCGACGGGCAUGCCUGCUAUUAUGGACAGGCCGUAAGACAACUGCUGAGCCCGACAGCAGGCUAGUACUUGUACAUAUAUUUGUUAAUAAAGGAUGUUUACAAA